AGCUCACGGAACGCGCCGCUUCAAGAUUCGCAAAACACGUCCAUGGCCAAGAUCUACCUCCACUGCAAGCCCGCGCCCGGCGAUACGGACCUGCGCGCGUGGACGUACGUGCUGCGCGGGCCGCAGCUCGAUCGAACCGCCAACGUCCUCGACGCACUGCUGGCGCUCGUGGCCGCCCACAACGCCAAAUUCAAGUCCGCCAUCGACACGAAAGGGCUCGUCGUCACGCGCGCCGACGCUGUCGUGCGUCUCGAGAAGAAGCUCUCGCAGCUCCUUGUCGACGAUACCUGUGAGCUCGACGUCACACGCCCGGCGCCGCAGCAAACAGCCGCGUCGUUGGCGGCCGUCGGGCCUUUGCUCGCGCUCGCCACCAAGCACCGCGACCGCGGCGAGUGGCGGUCGGCCAAGGCCUUGUGGGAGACCAUCUUGCGCGAGCUCGACCCGCACCAAUGCGAGGCAGCGCAUGGCCUCGUGCGAAUCUACAUGCAAUCGUCGGCGUGGGCUUCGGCCAAAGCGGUCGCCGCGCCUGUGCUCGCGACCACCGCGGCAACCACAUCCUCGUCGUACAUUUCGCUGUGCCUCGAUGUGGCCGAGUGCGAGCUGCACCUGCAGGCGUUGGCGCCGGCACUGCAGCGCCUUGCAGCGCUGCGUGUCUCGGACGCCGACGUUGGCGCGCGCAUCGAGCGACUCGAAGCGCGGCUCCAGUACGCCAGCGGCGCCAUCGACGCCGCGAUCGACACGCUGCGGCGCCGGCUCAUCGCGUCCAACGAGACCGACUUGGAGGCCAUCGCACUCUACAGCGCGAUCGCACACAAGCGCGGCCGGCCCGUCGAAGCGAUGCAGAUGAUCCUCAAGGUGCUCACGGGCCGCGCGACUGACCGCGCGGUGCAAGCGCAGUUUGCAGAGUUUUUGGAAGCGCCGCACGGGUUCCAGCACCUUGCCGCGACGCUCGAUCCGUCGAGUGCGACGACCGCGCCCGCCUUUGCGUACUUGGCAACGAUCGCAAAAGACCACAGCGCCAUGAACGGGUGCUUGGCAUGCUUUGCCCAAGCCGUCACCCUCGCACCCGCGCAUGCGUCGUAUGCACUCAACUACCUCCACGCGUUGGAGGUCGUCGUGGACCACGCGGCGGCGUACGACGUGGCCCGGGCGUUUUGUCUGCGCAACCCGACGGUCACGACGGGCGGUCUGGCCUGCCGUGACGUGGCCGCCGCCUUGGAAGCGUUCCCAACCCUCGACUCGGGCCGAGGCAGCGAUGGCGCAGAGCUCUGCUGGACCUCGGACGGGUUUGUCAAUAUGCAGCGCGACGGCGUGGCCCAGCAGCUGCUGCCCGAAGACGACUGGGACCUCCUCGCCCUUUUCUUCGCCGUGGUCAAGAUUCUGUUUCUCGAAGGCUGCGGCGCGCCAUUGCACGCGCUCGUGCGUCUGCUGGAGCCACUUCGCGUCGCGUUUGGCCACCACUUGCACCAAACGACGAUUCGGAACGAGCACGCGUACUACUGCUGCAUCGCGCAGCUGCUCUGCAUCCAGAGCCCGCCGUUGGCCUUUCCGUCGUCCACGGCCAUCGAAAGACAGAAGAUGCAUACGAGACGGUCUAUGUCUGCGGCGACUCGCACACGCUACCGACCGCAUGGCGGACACUUGCGGCUCACGCCGGCGCUCGUGACGGGCCUCAAGCACUGGCACUUGCGCCGCGCGUCGACGUUUUACCCGAAAAGGCACUUUGAAGAGGUCAUUUCGACGCUGCCGCGUCACGCCCGGAUCGUGUUUCUAUUGGGCGAGAUCGAUUGCCGCGAAGGCAUUCUUCUCGCGGUGGAAAAGUGCCGCUACGAGAGCGUCGACGAGGGCAUGGUCGCGACAAUGAGUCACUUUCUUCGCGUGCUCGAAGCGCUCGUAUGCACGCAUGGCUUUGACGCGUACAUCCACCCGAUCGUGCCCGUCUUGGACGAGACGCGGCACUUGGUGCGUCGGUACAAUGCCCUCUUGCGCACCCGCGUCGAGGCCGCGUCGUUCUGCAAGUGGCUCGACUGCUUUGAGGACCUCCUCGGCGACAACGGCAAGCUCCAGCCCGCGUAUGCCUUCGAUGGCACGCAUCUCCAUCCUGCGUACCUUUCCAACGGCUUUCAAAGCGCACUGGCCGCGCACAUGUGAUGCUGCAGAGUGACAACGAUCCAACGAUGCGAUUCGACUAUAACACUUAGAUAACAAAAGC